UGUGAAUUAACAUUUAACAUCAUAGCGUGUCUGUUUUCUCUGUGUGUUGGUCAGAUCUGUAAAGGCCAGGCUCCGGACAGUAAGCAGGUUCAUCUGUACGGUCUUUCGGUGCAGCAGAGCAUCCCGUCUCACUUCAAUCUGCAGCAGGACCGCGGUCACUUCAUCGCCUGCGUGCCGCGGAGCAUGCUACCCAGCGAGGAGAGCGGUCCGGCCGAGCAGGAGUGCGUGGUGGUCAUCACCCGGGACGUCCCGCACCAGAGCGUGGCAGAUUUCGUCCGCGAGUGGGAGUCGUUCCACCGCGCGCAGCCGGAGGUUUACGAGCGCCGCGUGUGUUUUCUGCUGCUGCAGCUGUGCGCGGGUCUGGAGCAUCUGAAAGCGCACGGCGUCACGCAUCGAGAUCUGUGCAUGGAGAACCUGCUGCUGGUGCAACGUCCAGAUCCACAGCAGCACAGCCUCCCGCGCCUCCUCAUCAGCAGCUUCGCCAAAGCCAAGCGCCGCGACGCAGACCAGCUGAAACGGCUCAAUGCAGACGACCAAUUUCUAAAGCGGGAUCACGCCCGGCUCGCACCUGAGAUCGUCUCGGCUGGGCAGUACCGCAAAUUUGACGAGUUUCAAACCGGCAUCCUGAUCUAUGAGCUCCUGCACCGCCGUAACCCGUUCGAAGCCACGCCGGGCAAAUGCGACUACAGAUGCGACGAGCUGCCGCCGAUCCCCGCCGCCUCCAUCUACUCACCCGGCCUGCAGAGACUGGCGCACCUGCUGCUGGAGCCCGACCCCGGACGCCGCAUCCAUAUCCAGGACGCUCGGCGCAUCCUGCAGGUAGUGUCAAUUUUUAUCAGCUAUUUUCAAUUUUAGUCUUAGGGCCAGUUUUAAUAACAGAUUGCACCAGCGCAAACUGUCUUGUGGCGUUAAAGGAGUCAUCAGAUGCCCAUUUUCCACAAGUUGAUAUGAUUCUUUAG